UUUAAGACCAAAUACACGUAUCAUAUUUACUGACAUACGUCCGCUUUCUUUCUCAGCUGUUUCGGUUCACUUAUGACAUUACCGACUAUUUUUACCAGAAUACUUUCCAAAACGGGUAUUUUAAUAUAACUGUGUGUGUAUGUUUAAGGUCGAAGAGAGUGAAAGUGGAAUUAGUCUCAGUCUCUCACUCCUCUGCGUGUGCUUGCGUCGAAUGAGUGGGGCAGCGGUAGAAAACUACGAUCUUUUGUUUGAAUGGGUAAAUUGGCGAGACAAAACACUUGAAAACGAUAAACUUUAACUCUAUGGUGGUUAAAUAUAACAUUUAAUCCCUGAAUCGCAUGGGUGCCGAUUCGUGGAGUCUGGUCCGUACGGUCCGUAAUACAAGAAGUGGACAGUCAUCCAAAGAUUAGCCUUCAAAACCCCACAAGAUACGUGCACCUGAAACAUGAGCAUAUUUGGGUUCUUGGUAUCUGUAGCAGCUCUUCUUACAUCUGAAGGGCUGUUGGUUCAAGGACCUGCUCAGCCUCUGGUUGCAGAGCUGGGGGGUUCCAUCAUACUGCCCUGCUCUGUGGAAACUCCAUUACCCCUGGAUGGGCUGGAGAUCCAAUGGAAGAGGACAGAUGAGGAGGCAUUCGUGCACUUGUUUCAGGAUGGACGGGACAGACCUGAGGCUCAGCACCAGUCUUACAGGGACAGAGCACAUUUUGCUUCUGAGCAGAUCGUUAAAGGAAACUUCUCAAUCCUGUUGGAAAAUAUAACAGUUGCAGACACUGGUAUUUACAGAUGUGUAGUUUCUUCUUACCAGAAUGUUGGAGAGAUCUCUGUUAUAAUUCAGCAUGUGGAGCGUGUAGUUGUGACAGCAGAGGAUCCAACUGUAUUUGCACAUGUUGGUGAGGAUGUUGUUCUAAACUGCAUGGUGGACUCCCAUAUUCCUCCUCAGGGCAUUGACGAGGUCUCAUGGAAGAAGGUGGACAAAAAGCCAGACAUCAUCCCUGUGUUGCUUUUCCAAAAUGGAACGGUAUUUUCAGACUCGUCUCACAAGCGUUACAGAGACAGAGCAGAGUUCUUCAAACAAGAAAUUCUCAAAGGUAACUUCUCAAUGAGACUAAAAAAUGUCCAGACUGCCGACAAGGGAGAAUACAUGUGUGAAGUCCACACAGAUAAUUCAGUGAGCUCUGCAACUGUGGAAAUUCGGCGGUUGGGGAUGUCUCCUCUGCACAUCAUUACACUGAUACUUUGCUUUAUUUCCCUCUUGUUGACUUUUGUAUUAAGUAUUCCAGUCACAAUCUAUAUAAGCAAAAAAGAUACUGGCCCAAAACCAAUGUACAUCAAUUAUUUGCAGGUUGUCUGUCCCAACAUCUGUUUGUCUAUUGCAUUUGUUCUGUGGGGAGUUAUUGAAGGGUCUGUAGUUGAGGUAACGAUGUGUGCGGCAGUUAAUCUGAGCCGGAUCAUUUUGUUGUUUCUUAUGGCCCCAUAUUUCAAUCGGGAUACUGCUGUUUCUGUUAAUUUUCCAGGUUUCAUCCACAGAAUGAUUGAAUAUUUAGCUAUUCCCAUCGCAUAUCUUCUGAUUUCCACAGCAUUUUGCUCAGCUGUUCUUCAUGAUCUCUGGAAUGCAUCUAAGUGGACUGAAGUUGUUCUUCUCAGUUUUGGGAUUAUUCUGCUGUCAACCAUGCCUGCAAUUUUUCGAGCCUUGAACAACGUUUGCUUUGCACAGUUCUUUGAUAUACAUUUGUCAGUGCGAUUUAUUCUAGAGUCGUUAGGACACGUUUCCAUGCAGUCAAGCAACUUUCUGCAAAUGCGGCUUCUCUUCUAUAGAUCAUCAAGUGUUGAUGAAUCCAUGAUCACAAUGACAUAUGCCUUUGGGGGAACUUCUGCAGCCAUAUCAUUAAUAGUUCUUCCAAUUCCUGCAAUUCGCCAGUACCUUUGUUCAAAACUUGGCAAAUAUCAACUUUAUGAACUUAUAUGGAGAUGUUAUUUAGUUUGGGUAAAUGUUAUGGUUGUUACACUCAUCGGGCAUAGUGCAUUUAUUAUAUAUUAUCUCACCAAGAUUCUGGAGUAUACUAAUGAGCGCUUUGGAUGGAUCUUUGUCACAGUUAUGCUGCAUAUCUUGACCGCAAUUUCACCCACACCAUUCCCCAGAAAAGUUCCUGAUGUAAUCUACACUACUUUGUUCAUGUAUGGAGUGGCAGGUCUACCAAUGGUCAACUCUGUUUCUCUUGCUACAGAGUUAAUAUUGCAAGUAUACAAAGGGGAGAGAACAGUGGAUGAUCUGCGUGUAAUAGUGCUGGCGUUUGAAAGCAUUAUGCCUGGUGUGUGGCUGGUUUUACAGAUCCAUGCAUACUGGGCAGUUGCUGGGAGAGAUGUAAAGAAAGAGGUGUAUGCGCUGAGGGACUUUGCGGCACAAUGCACACCACAGCAAAGAGACAUUGGUGAAUCAGACUUUUCAGAGAAUCAACUUUCUGAGAUCCAAAGAAGUCAGCAAGAGGAAGAAACAUUCCUAGGAGAGCCAGAUCUAGAGGUUUAAAUAUUGUAAAGAAUAAAGUCGGACCAUGUAUAAUGAGCUAAUGUUACCCUACCUAUGCUGACUGUGUUUAAUUAAAUUGAAAAAGUAUGCAUUGUAAAAUUUGUUGUAUCUUUGGCUAAUGAAUUGUAUGUAAUGAAAACACUG